AAAAAUUAAGGUGGAUGUUUUAAUUUUUUUUUGGUUUUCUUUCAAGUAAAUGGAUGAUGGGAUUGGUUGGGUGUGAAAAGAGAUGAGAAUCUAUACUCACCAUGUGUCUGUAAAAAUACCCCAAGAAUGGAAAACACCUCUUGUGGGAUCCCACAAGACAAAGCUACCAUCACUACCUACAACUACUGCUGCUACUUCGAGUACUGCAACACAAACCAGCUGCUGCUCUCUCCACCACACCACCCUCCAAACCACGACAAUUCUCUCUCUCUCUCUCUCUCUCUCUCUCUCUCUCAUCUUCUUUGUCUUCCUCCCACUGAAUUAAUUUAUUAUCAAAAAGUCUUUGAAGUAAACCCCUCCUUUUUCUAUUAUUAUAUUUUUCCAAUUUCAUCCAAAUCCCAAACUAGCUUCAACCGCCAAAAACUAAUCGACCCAACUCCGCUUUUACACGUAUAUACAAGUUUUUUAUUCCAUAUUUACACAUACGCGCAUACAUAUAUAUAUAGGGGAGAUAUAUGCUAGCCGGCGAUGCCGACGCCGGUAAGUGCAGCGAGGCAAUGCUUGACGGAGGAGGCAGCUCGAGCACUCGACGAUGCCGUGGCAGUGGCGCGUCGACGAGGUCACGCGCAGACCACCUCCCUUCAUGCCGUCUCGGCCUUACUGGCCUUACCCUCCUCUAUGCUCCGGGAUGCCUGCACGCGCGCUCGAAGCAGCGCGUACUCACCCAGGUUGCAGUUUCGGGCACUUGAGCUCUCCGUUGGGGUCUCUCUCGACCGUUUGCCUUCUUCUAAAACUUUAGAUGAGCCACCCGUUUCGAACUCCCUCAUGGCUGCCAUCAAACGUUCCCAGGCUAACCAGAGGCGCCAUCCGGAGAGUUUUCACUUUCACCAGCUUCACUCCCAGCAGCAAACGACGUCGGUUUUGAGGGUCGAGCUCAAGCAUUUCAUUCUCUCGAUUCUCGACGACCCGAUUGUCAGUCGAGUUUUUGGGGAAGCCGGAUUUAGGAGCUGCGAUAUCAAGCUCGCGAUUGUUCACCCACCGACACCGGCGAGGCAAGCCUCCUCAUUCAUUAGAGGUCGCUGCCCACCCAUGUUCCUCUGUAAUCUUACUGAUUCGGAUCCGGGUCUUCGGGGUUUCAGCUUCCCGUUCUCUCGGCAAGAAGAUGGGGACGAGAAUUGCAGACGAAUCGGUGAAGUGUUGGUGAGGAAGAGUGGGAAGAACCCUUUGUUAAUCGGUGUUUACGCAGGCGAGGCUCUCAAUAUUUUCGCCGAGGGUGUACACAGUGGUAAAGCAGGCAUUUUGCCAGCUGCAAUGGCUGGAUUGAGUUUAAUAGGUAUUGAGAAAGAUGUUUCUGAGUUUUUUUUUGAAGAAGGGAGUGAGGGGAAGCUUGAUACGAAGUUUAAGGAGGUGGGUCGAAUGGUGGAGCAAUGCUCCGGACCUGGUGUCUUAUUGAACUUUGGAGAAUUGAAGACCUCGGUUGCUGAUGGUGUCUCGGCUGAUCGGCUGAGCUUUGUGGUCUCACGAUUAACAAGCUUGGUGGAGCUUCACAGUGGGAAACUAUGGUUGAUUGGAGCAACACGGACUUAUGAAAUCUAUUCCAAGCUUUUGGGUCAGUUUCCUACCAUUCAAAAGGACUGGGACUUGCAUCUUCUUCCCAUUACGUCUUCUAAAGCUUCAAGUGAAGGAGUCCACUCUAAAUCAAGCUUGAUGGGGUCCUUUGUUCCUUUUGGAGGGUUCUUUGCUGCAUCAUCUGAAUUGAAAAAUCCUGUUAGUAGCACAAACCAAUGUUUUACCCGUUGCUCUGCAUGCACGGAAAAGUAUGAGCAGGAAGUUUCUUCGAUUCUGAAGACAGGAUCAAAUCUUUCUGUUGCUGGUCAAUUGUCAGAAAGCUUGCCUUCUUUGCAAAUGGCUGAAGUUGACGCAAGAAAAGGAGUGGAUGCAACGAAGACCAACGAUGGUGGAAGUACAUUGAACACUAGAAUACUGGGGUUGCAGAAAAAGUGGAAUGAAAUUUGUCUAGGUCUUCAUCACAGCCGACCAUUCUAUAAAGCUGAUGUUUUCCAGCCAGCGUCCCAAGUUUCCCCAGUAGAGGUUUUUCAAGGAGCUCUAAAUGGAAAAGAAAGCUGCGGUGAAGAUUUGAUUGUAAAUGAAUCUCGAUGUACAUUGUCAUCUUCCAACACACCAACAAACUUGCAAAAGGAUUUUCCUUCAAAGCAGAGCAGUUUGAUAACAGUGGCUUCUGACCCCAAGAAUGCUGAUCUUCAUUCUGAGAAUUUGACUAAAGCUUCAGAGAGUUGCCAAAAUGAGAUGGGGAACCCCCAUUAUUCCCCUAAACCUACUUAUGAUAUGAAUUUUCUUCCGGACCACACAUCGUCUUCAUCUGUCACUUCUGUGACCACAGAUUUGGGGUUGGGAACAAUAUAUGCAUCAAGUAGCAAGGAACCACGGCCUACAAAAUCAUCAGAUCAUAAUGUACGCCCACAAUACAUGUCUGGUGCUUUCUCACCUGAGUUUUAUGCAAUAAGUAAGAAUACUUUGCCUAGAGCUGUACAAUCUUCCUGUUCUACAACAAAUUUAAAUGAUCCUAAGGAUCUGAAAUCACUUAAAAGUGUCUUAACUGAAAAAGUGGAUUGGCAAGAUGAAGCCAUAUGUGCUAUUAGUCAAGCUGUAUGCUUUAGCAGAUCUGGUGGGGGAAGACAUCAUGUCUCAAAUGUCAGAGGAGAUAUUUGGCUUACAUUUCUUGGACCUGACAAAGUUGGGAAGAAGAAAAUUGCUUUAGCACUUGCUGAGAUACUGUAUGGCUCAAGAGAAAGCCUAAUUGCUGUUGAUUUGGGUUCUCACGAUAGAGGAUGUCAGACAGACUCCAUUUUUGAAUGUGAGGACCCAGAUUAUGAUUUGAAGUUUAGGGGGAAGACAGUUGUUGAUUAUCUUGCUGGAGAGUUAAGCAGGAAACCUCAUGCAGUUAUCUUUCUUGAAAAUAUAGAGAAGGCUGAUCUUCUAGUCCAGAAUAGCUUGUCGCAAGCCAUUAGAACAGGCAAGUUUCCAGACACUCGCGGAAGAGAAAUCAGCAUUAGCAAUGUUACAUUUGUGGCAACCACUACCAUUAUUAAGGGGAAAACAUCUCACCAUCCAGUGAAGGAUCUGAUGCAAUUUUCAGAAGAUAUGAUUCUAGCAGCUAAGAGAUGUCAAAUGCAAAUACAAAUCGGUGGAUCUGUUGCUAGCACUGCAAACCCAAAGGAAAGUAUGAAUGUGAAAGUUACACUGAAAGAAGAAUCAUCAAACCCUUCAUCUGUAAAUAAAAGAAAGCUGAUUAAAUCAAGCAACUCCACCGAGCAACAACAACGUGCCCUCAAGGCACCAAGAUCUUUCCUGGACUUGAAUGUUCCUGUAGAGGAGAUUGAAGAAAGUGAUUGUGGGGAGUAUGACAGUGACUCCAUCUCUGAAAGCACAGAAGCCUGGUUGGACGAUUUCCUUGAUCAAGUGGAUGAAAAAGUGGUUUUAAAGCCAUUCGACUUUGAUGCUCUUGCUGGGAAAAUAGUGGAAGACAUCAACAAAAAUGUGAAGAGAAUGUUGGGAGCUGAGAUUAUGCUAGAGAUUGACUACAAAGUCAUGAUACAGAUACUUGCAGCUGCUUGGUUGUCAGACGAGAAAUGGGUGGUGGAGAAAUGGGUUGAACAGGUUCUCAACAAAGGUUUUGCUGAGGCAGAGCAAAAGUAUGUGCUUAAUGGCCAUCGUGUUAUGAAACUGGUUGCUUUAGGAACUCUUACACCUGAAGAGAAAACUUCUUGUGUUUGCCUUCCCGCUAAAAUUAAUCUGAACUAAUAAUAUUGUUUUCUUUUUUGGCUUCCGGUGUUAUUUUUGUAAUUACAUGUAUAAUGUAGCUUUUAGCAUAUAUGUAUGUAUCUUUGGCAUUUGAUAAGUCUUUGCUUCGAAGAUCAAUCCAUAAUUUUUUAGGGCUAA